CUGAAAUCUCGCCUAGGGCUCCAACAUUGCCAGGGCCGGCCCUGACUCUGCAUCAAUCAAGAGUGGUGCAGAGGAGUAAACAAUGUGGGCUAGCUAGCAAACAGCCACACUGUGCGCUGUGAGUCAUGAAAAAGGUUAAGUGGCUGCAGGGAAGUAACAGCAGGAAAGGGCUGGGGGUCAGUCUCCUCCUCCAUACAGACAAGAGGAAGGAGCGGUGAGAUCUGUGUUAUAAAUACUGGCUUUGAGACAGCAGACAGCAGUGUGUACACAGGACAUUCCCUCAGAUCUUAGGAAAACAACCUGACUCAGUCCUCACAACCACAGACAUAAUGGCAGAUGAAAGCUUUCAGAAGGAGUUCCUGGAGACUCACAAUGCCUACAGGGCGAAGCAUGGUGCGCCGCCACUGACGCUCAGCAGCGACAUGAAUGAUUCAUCUCAGAAAUGGGCCGAUCACUUGCUGCAGCUCGGUGUCUUCAAACACAGCGAUACAAAGAAUGGAGAGAACAUCUACAACAAGACUGGCUCCGCGGCCGUGACAGGGAAAGAAGCUGUGGAUGCGUGGUACAGUGAGAUCAAAGACUACAACUGGAGCAGUCCUGGGUUCGGCAUGAAAACUGGGCAUUUUACUCAGGUGGUUUGGAAAGACACCAUUAAACUGGGCGUGGGUGUAGCCUCUGUUGGUACCAAGGCCUAUGUGGUUGCCCAAUAUUCUCCACCUGGCAACAUGAACAUGCCGGGAUACUUCGAGAAAAACGUCCUUGAGAAAGGUAGUGGACAAGUGGGGAAAGGAACAGGCAGCAGCCCCAGUGGGGGUUCUGACAAGAGCCAAAGGAAACGUUGCACACUGCUAUAGAUGACCUAGACCGUCCCUGCUGCUGCCUCUUAAUAUUCCAUGUUGUCAAUGAAAAAUUAAAGCUUGUCUUAUGAAAUUGUUUUAAUUGAGAAUGCUUUUAGGUGUAAUUUCUACGCUAUUAGAGAGAAUUUCAGUCAGCAAUGACUUCUGAGUGAUUAAUACCUACAAAAUAAACACAAUAAAAACAGGCCAUCUCCAGAUUGAGCUAAAUUGACAGUGUGAAGUUCCAAAAUGUACCACGAGGUGGCAGCAUAAUAUAACUAAUCGUGUCCUCUCUUCAGGUUGGAAAAUUAAAAAAACUCACACAAAGAUCUAUUCUAGUGAAGCCAAGAGACACGAAACCAGCUGCACAGACCUUUCAGAAUCAGUUUUUGAUGUCAUAUUAGAAUAUGAAGAAUCUCAGUGUUUCAGAGUAACAUAAUGUUCACAUACAAGUAAUAGACUACACCCACUAUAGUCUUAUUUAUUCUGCUUCAGCUGAUGUAUUAUCAGUUUGAAUAGUGACAUAAAUGAAUGCACUCUGUGUCUGUCCACAUGCGGGGAGCGGGACGGCCUGAUCGGAGCAAAGGACGUGACCUGCUGGAUUUCAAUCAUCAGGUCAUCUUCCACUGAGUCCACCAUGUUUCCACUGAAGACCAGAAGUAACCUCCCAAACACAGGCUCCAGGUCCAAUUGUUUUCAUUUUACUCAAAAUUUGGUCUUUGUUUGUUUUUAUUUUGAACAUCGUCUAUUACUCAGGAUGUGUGAAA